GCGGCACUGCAGCUAGCGCAGUUCUCACUGAGACCCGUCACCCGGACUCUACGUGAGACCCACCGCCCGGACUCACCAUGCGCGAAUGCAUCUCAGUCCAUGUGGGGCAGGCAGGUGUCCAGAUGGGCAAUGCCUGUUGGGAGCUCUACUGCCUGGAACAUGGGAUCCAGCCCGACGGGCAGAUGCCCAGCGAUAAGACCAUUGGUGGAGGGGAUGACUCCUUUACCACCUUCUUCUGUGAAACUGGUGCUGGGAAGCAUGUGCCCCGCGCGGUGUUUGUGGAUCUGGAGCCCACAGUGAUUGAUGAGAUCCGAAAUGGCCCAUACCGGCAGCUCUUCCACCCAGAGCAGCUCAUCACUGGGAAGGAGGACGCUGCUAACAACUAUGCCCGUGGUCACUAUACCAUUGGCAAGGAGAUCAUCGACCCAGUGCUGGACCGGAUCCGCAAGCUGUCUGACCAGUGCACAGGACUCCAAGGCUUCCUGGUCUUCCACAGCUUCGGAGGGGGCACCGGCUCGGGCUUCACCUCCCUCCUGAUGGAGCGGCUCUCGGUUGACUAUGGCAAGAAAUCCAAGCUGGAGUUCUCCAUCUACCCCGCGCCCCAGGUGUCCACGGCCGUGGUGGAGCCCUACAACUCCAUCCUGACCACCCACACCACCCUGGAGCACUCGGACUGUGCCUUCAUGGUGGACAACGAGGCCAUCUACGACAUCUGCCGCCGCAACCUGGACAUCGAGCGCCCCACCUACACCAACCUCAACCGGCUCAUCAGCCAGAUCGUGUCCUCCAUCACGGCCUCCCUGCGCUUCGACGGGGCCCUCAACGUGGACCUGACGGAGUUCCAGACCAACCUGGUGCCCUACCCCCGCAUCCACUUCCCCCUGGCCACCUACGCGCCGGUCAUCUCUGCGGAGAAGGCCUACCACGAGCAGCUGUCGGUGGCAGAGAUCACCAACGCCUGCUUCGAGCCUGCCAACCAGAUGGUCAAGUGUGACCCCCGCCACGGCAAGUACAUGGCCUGCUGCCUGCUGUACCGGGGUGAUGUGGUGCCCAAGGACGUCAACGCCGCCAUCGCCGCCAUCAAGACCAAGCGCAGUAUUCAGUUCGUGGACUGGUGCCCCACGGGCUUCAAGGUCGGGAUCAACUACCAGCCCCCCACCGUGGUGCCCGGGGGCGACCUGGCCAAGGUGCAGCGCGCCGUGUGCAUGCUGAGCAACACGACCGCCAUCGCCGAGGCCUGGGCCCGCCUGGACCACAAGUUCGACCUGAUGUACGCCAAGAGGGCCUUUGUGCACUGGUAUGUGGGUGAGGGCAUGGAGGAGGGGGAGUUCUCGGAGGCCCGGGAGGAUAUGGCUGCCCUGGAGAAGGAUUACGAGGAGGUGGGCAUCGACUCCUAUGAGGAUGAGGACGAGGGAGAAGAAUAGAACAACUGCCUGGACCCCACUCACUAUGUUUAUUGCAAAAUCCUUUCGAAAUAAACAGUCUCCUUGCACGGUUUCUUGUCCCCUCUGUGAGUGCUUGAGCUUCUGCUGCCUUCCUCUCUGUGCUGCUGCUGCCUGCUGCUUCUGCUGCUGCCCUCAUUUUUGCUGCCUGUGACCCCUUUCCCUUCUGUGGCUGAAGGUGAGACCUGCCAAGGGGUCCAUGCCAGGACCAAGGAAACAUGACCCCGGGGACCUUGAUGUAAGACCCCCAGGGUGCCCAGGAUGGUAGAUAGGAAAUGAGGACUUACUCCCGGACCUGUGCGUCCAGCUGCAAGCUGUUGAAAGACACAAGUUUUCACUUCCUUUCCAAGUAGGAGUUUAAGUCCAGCAGUUUCUGUAUUUGAGUUAGACUGCCACCCUGUUCUUCCUGCUGCUUCUGCAUUCACCGAUUCUGGAAGCUUGGCCCCGGGCACUUCUGUGCGUCAUGAGGGCCUGGGACCAGGACUGGGCUGGCCCACAGUUGCUGGGCAUGGAGCCUAGUCAUGAGCUUGGGGGAUGGGAAGGGACAAGGGCAAUCUCCUAGCGUUGUCUGUGUCACCGCACCUCUGAGCAGCUUCGCACAGCUGUCUCUCUUGCUGCAUUGCUGGGGCCUAGGGUUGUGCCAUUAAAGUCAGGUCGUCUCCCCUC